UUCCAUCCCCAUCCGGAUGGGCGACCAUAGUUUGAAGACCAAAGAAGGAACGGAACAAUGCGUCAACUCGGCCAAGGCCUUCAUCCACCCCAACUAUGACCCCACCAGCCAUGACAGUGACAUCAUGUUGCUGAAGCUCCAAAAACCGGUCCGCUUCACCGACUACGUCCACCCGGUGGCCCUGCCCAAGAGUUGUCCCUCACCCAACACCGAAUGCAUCGUGUCAGGUUGGGGCAGCACCAGUAGCCCUGAAGGCUACUUCCCCGACGUUCUCCAGUGCGGCGUGGUCUACACCAUCCCCAACGAAGAGUGCGGCAAACUCUACCCCAAAGGCAUCACCAAGAACAUGCUCUGCGCCGGCGUCAGCGCCGGCGGCACCGAUUCCUGCCAG